AUGUCUUUCCUUCAUAAUCAUUCUUGCGAGUGCGUUAAGUCAGAAUUGGAUUUGUUUGCACUACCGUCUACACAAACUAGCAUUGAAAAUGGAUUGUGGAUUCAUUAUAAACCAAUUUCAUCUCUUGGUGAUGAUGGACCUAUCGAGUUUCAAGUUCCUGGGACCGGCGAUGACUACAUAGAUUUGUCUCAUACAUUACUCCACAUAAAGGCAAAAGUAUUAAAUCAAGAUUCAACUAACUUGGUAUCUACUACAAUAGUAGCACCUGUAAAUAAUUGGCUGCAUUCACUUUUUAGUCAACUUGAUGUUUAUUUAAACCAAAAACUUGUAUCACCACCUAAUAAUACCUAUGCAUAUCGAGCAUACAUGGAAACCCUUUUAAACUAUGCCCCUGCUGCUAAACAAUCUCAUCUUACUUGUAGUCUUUGGUAUGAGGAUACAGCAGGAAAAAUGGAUUCUACAGAUGGUAAAAACAUAGGAUUUGUUAAAAGACAGGAAUUGAUUAGUGAAAGUAAGGAAAUAGAAAUGAUUGGUCAUCUUCACGGUGACAUUUUUAACCAAGAUAAAUUUUUAAUUAAUGGUGUUGAAAUGAGUGUUAAAUUGGUUCGAUCAAGAGAGAGUUUUAAUUUAAUUGUUGGGUCGAACGAUGUAAAGUUUAAAGUUUGCAUUACGGACGCAACUCUUAUUGUGCGACGAGCACGAAUUAAUCCAAGUGUAUUACUCGCACAUCAAAAAGUUUUAGCUUCUACCACUGCUAAAUAUCCUAUUACUCGAGCUGAAGUAAAAGUUUUAACAAUUCCUUCAGGUGUUCAAGGAAAAACUCUUGAUAAUAUAUUUUUAGGACAGGUACCGAAAAGAUGUAUAAUUGGAUUUGUGAACAAUUCUGCAUUUAAUGGUUCCCUUACUAAAAAUCCAUUUAACUUUGAAAACUAUGGUAUUAAUUCUUUCAGCUUAUAUAUUGAUGGUCAACAAAUACCUUCAAAAGCUUUGCAACCAUCUUUUAAUAAUAGCAUAUUUACAUCAGCAUAUCAUACUCUAUUCUCGGGAACUGGUAUUCACUUUCUUAAUGAAGGAAAUGGAAUCUCUUGUGAACAGUAUGGCAAAGGUUACUGUCUAUUAGCAUUUGACUUAACUCCUAAUUUAUCAGCUAACUCAUCAACUCAUUGGAAUCUCAUAAAGCAUGGUAGUGUAAGAAUAGAAGUACGAUUUGAAUCCUCAUUAAUACAAACAAUUAACUGUAUAGUUUAUGCUGAGUUUGAUAAUAUUAUUGAGAUAGAUAAAAACAGAAAUGUUACUGUAGACUAUAGUAGUUAA